UGUACCGCCGCCGCCACCUGCGCCGACGAAGAUGGGGCGCGUUGGUCGGUUCGUGCGGGGCGUGUUGUUCAAUGCAGAUGCGGCGGCGGCGAGUGCGGAUGGGACGAUUGGCUUCGGAUCGAAGGCGGCGAGGAAAGCAGGCGGCGCUUUGGGCUCUGCGUUGAGGAAUGACGGAGGCGAAUCAAGUACGGCGCCCAAGAGCCCCGAUCCCGACUACACACGCUUCGGCAUGGCACUACCUCGCGCUCUCGAGCUGCUUCCGCCUGAGUUGCGAUCAUCUCCCGUACCAAUACCUUGCAAGCGCUGCGUGGUCAUUGGCAUCCAUGGAUGGUUCCCGGGAGCGAUGAUGCGCUCUGUUCUCGGCGAGCCGACUGGCACGAGUCCGAAGUUCGUCAGCAUGAUGGUGCAGGCGUUGGAGAACUUCCAGAGGGAGUACAACGUUGUCUUCGACAAGGUCACCCAAAUUCCGCUCGAGGGCGAGGGCAUGAUUGAGAAGCGCGUUGAGAAGCUCUACGGCAACCUCAUGAAGAACGAGGAGUGGGUGGCCGACUUACACGCUGCAGAUGCAGUCUUCGUCGCGACUCACUCGCAAGGAACCAUCGUCUCCACCCAUUUGCUCGACCGCCUUGUCAGGGAUGGGCAUAUCCGCACGAAGCGGUCAGCUUUGGGCCAGAGCCCGAGCGAGAGGCCGGCGCAGAAGGUCUGCUGCUUGGCGCUCUGUGGGAUCCAUCUGGGGCCGCUUCGCUACCUGAACACCAGCUCGCUCUUGCAGCCGUACCUUCAGUACUUCGAGUCCGACGCUGCAAGGGAAUUGUUCGAAUUCCAGAACACGGAGAACGCAGUCUCCAAGGCAUAUGUUGCUGCGCUGAAGAACGUAUUGCAUCACGGGAUCAAAAUGGUGUACGUUGCGUCGCUCAAUGACCAAGUGGUUCCAAUAUACUCUGGCUUGUUCACCUACGUGCAACAUCCCUUGAUCCUUCGGGCCUUGUAUAUGGACGGGGACGCUUACCAUUCCUCCGACUUCCUUUCGAACCUUCUCGUCCUGUUGCUUCGGGUCUUGAACUCUGGACUUUCCGACUCCGGACUCAUCACCCAUCUAUCCGAGGCGACGGCGGGCUCGCUGACGGGGGUCGGGCACUCGACUGCCUAUGAGGACCUGGCAUGCUUUGGGUUGGCAGCGAAAUAUCUGUUCCUCACCGACGACGGCAUGGAGGAGCAUCCAGAGCUGGCUCUCGAACCAUUCAACGCGACCAGCGAGCUCAAUGACUACGAGAUUCCCUGGUCCCUCCGCGACCUCAUCGCUGACGACCGUGUCGCACACUUCUUCGGGCGCGAGAUCUCACAUCUGCGAGAUGCGUUCAAGGAGUGGCAUCCACGGACAGCGAUUUUGAGAGAUGUCAAGCGUAAGCUCUCGCCCAUACAGCGACUGAGAAGGGGCGUGGGCGGCGUUGAGGCUGGCCAGGGGCAGGUCUUCCACUCUAUCUCGCAGCCCGGCGCGGAUACCACCAGCAAGUUAUAACCCAGACCUGACCUCGCGUAUCGUGCAUUCCAGAGAAGAUAUCACCGUUUCGCUCCACUCACACCACACGCAACUGUACACUAACAUCCUCACGCAUGCUUUCAACUGUAUCUUCGCGGAGUGCAUAUUUUAUACACGUAUACAAUAAUACCGGGAUGGACGAAGGGUCUUAUAUUUAUCGUGGACUGGGGCCCAUUAACGGCUGGCUUGGCGUAGCUACGAGAUGUGUCGACUAAACUAGACGAAUAUUACGACUGCUGCGAUUCGAAUACUA